GCAGCAGCUGCAGGAGCUUCUGCCCGCUGCGCUCCUCCUGGCCUCGCGCUGCGCUCCGCUGACAUGUGUGCCGCCCGGAUGCCGCCGCCGCUGGCGCACAUCUUCCGAGGGACGUUCGUCCACUCCACCUGGACCUGCCCCAUGGAGGUGCUGCGGGAUCACCUCCUGGGAGUGAGCGACUGCGGCAAAAUAGUGUUUUUAGAAGAAGCAUCUCAGCAAGAAAAGCUGGCCAAAGAAUGGGGCUUCAAGCCGGGUGAGAUAAGAGAACUGAGCCCACAUGAGUUCUUCAUGCCCGGGCUGGUGGAUACACACAUCCAUGCCUCUCAGUACCCCUUUAGUGGGAGUAACGUAGACCUGCCGCUUCUGCAGUGGCUGACCAAGUACACGUUUCCCACAGAACUCAAGUUCAAGAACUUGGACUUUGCUGAGGAAGUAUAUACCAAAGUUGUCAGAAGAACACUGAAGAAUGGAACAACCACAGCUUGUUACUUUACAACAAUUUACACUGACUCAUCACUGCUCCUUGCGGAAAUUACAGAUAAAUUUGGGCAGCGGGCAUUUGUGGGCAAAGUCUGCAUGGAUAUGAAUGACACUGUCCCAGAAUACAAGGAAACCACUGAGGAAUCAAUUGAGGAAACAGAGAGAUUCGUGUCAGAAAUGCUCCGAAAGAACUAUUCUAGAGUGAAGCCCAUAGUGACACCACGUUUUGCCCUUUCCUGCUCUGAGACGAUGCUGGCCGAACUUGGAAACAUCGCAAAGACCCGCGAUUUGCACAUUCAGAGCCAUAUAAGUGAAAAUCCUGAUGAAAUUAAAGCUGUGGAAAACUUAUACCCCAGUUAUAAAAACUAUACAGAUGUGUAUGAUAAAAACAAUCUUCUAACAAAUAAGACAGUGAUGGCACAUGGCUGCUACCUUUCCGCAGAAGAACUGGAUGUUUUCAGGGAACGAGGAGCAGCGAUUGCACAUUGUCCCAAUUCUAACAUAUCGCUCACCAGCGGCUUACUCAAUGUGCUAGAAGUGCUGGAACAUGAUGUGAAAAUAGGGCUGGGCACAGAUGUGGCUGGUGGUUAUUCCUAUUCCAUGCUUGAUGCAAUCAGAAGAGCAGUGACUGUUUCCAACACCCUUGUAAUUACUAAGGAAAAUGAGAAAAGCCUCACCCUCAAAGAGGUAUUCAGACUAGCGACUCUUGGAGGCAGCCAAGCCCUGGGGCUUGAUAAACAAAUUGGAAACUUUGAAGUGGGCAAGGAAUUUGAUGCCCUCUUGAUCAACCCCAAAGCAUCUGAUUCUCCCAUUGACGUGUUUUGUGGGGAUUUUGGUGAUACUUCUGAUGCUUUUAUCCAGAAGUUUCUCUAUCAAGGAGAUGACCGGAAUAUUGAGGAGGUUUAUGUGUGUGGAAAGCAGGUGGUUCCCUUUUCAAGCUCAGUCUAAGACCCUCAGCACCUCCAAGUUCUCCUGGAUAGCAUGGUUCUGCGCCUCCUUAUGCGCAGGCGGAGUUAGAACGUCAAAAAAUAGUACCUUGUUCUUGGGAUGACUAUCUCUUUGUGUGCUUACUUACAGUGCUCACUUGACAAAUCGAAGGAAAUUGCGCUAAUUCUCAAAUCUCUGGUUGGGAGGAUUCAAAACGUAUCCCUUUUGAGCUGUUCAGAUUUACUUUAAGCUUAAAUAUAAGAGAAUGUUAUGACUAAUGGUGUUCUUAUUAUGAGAUUUAAGUAAAAUCUAUCUAAUAUUUGGAAACCUGAAGAGGAGAGAUAUUCCUGUGAGGUUCGAUAUUCUGAGCUAGUAAAUAUGAAAAUUGGAUAUGGAAAAUGAGCCAGUGAAUAUAUUUUUAUGAGGGAGAAAAAGUUAGACUACAGACAAACAUUGCAAAAUCGUUUCAAUUGCUUGAAAAUGAUAUACUAUGUACUGAGCUUACUAAUUUACAAAGAGAACUCACUGAGAUUUAAAAUGUGUUUCUAGGUUGACUUCGUGUUCUGGAAAUUUGCAUUUUAUGGAAUUUGCAUUUCAGAGAUUUGUUAUUGUUGUGCUUUGCCUUCUUUGGGGACGAAUGUCAGAGAUUGAAUGCCACAUGCUUUCUUACAAUAGUUCUGCGCUUCACAGUGUUUGACAGAAGUUGGGUAAUAAAGAUUUCAAGUCUCUUAGGAAUAGUAUUCACACCACUGCGUGGCAUAAAUAGUUGUAUUUUUGUGUACUUUAAGUCACCUUAAUGUAUAACUGUGUGAUGCUGCUACUACUUCAGUUUUGUUAGAAAAGAAACAAAUUCCACUGCUUUGUAGACUGAAGUCUUCAUAAAUUGGGACAAGUGCAGGGCACUCACAAGCUGUCAAUUCUGAAAGGAAGGGUUUCAUUGCAAUGGCCUAGUCUCCAUACUCAGAUCAAUCUGUUAGAACUUUUAAAUGAAGGAAAGUCCUCUUUAAAAAAUAUUAUUAAAAAUCUUUAAACCUUGUAUAUCACAAGAACUCUUAUUUUCCCAAUUUCAUCCUAUUAUACUUUUAAUUCCUAGCAAUUUUAGGGCAUAGGAAUUUAGUAUAAUGAAAAAUAUGUAGACAUCCCACAUAAUGUUUAUAUUAAUAGGACUUAAUCUGGACCAGACAUCUAGGAAGAUUAAGCAAAGCAAAGAGUAUUUUUAUGCCUCCUAAUUAGUGUACUUUCCCAUAACCUAAAGUUAAAAACAAAUUAUGACUAUGAUAAAUCCUUUACAAGUAUUGAUGUGAAUGCUAUUUAAAUACUAUGUUUUUCUCCUUUAAUUCCAAAUAAUAUAAACUAAAAGGGGAAAGGAGUAGAUUUUCCUACUAUUUCAUAGCACUUAUUAAUACCUUAUAAUAGAGAACUUUAUGCUAUAGAGGUAACUCCAUAUAUAGAGAACUAAGGACAAAAUUCUCCCUCUUGCAUAUAAUUUUUAUUCUCAUAUAAUUAUGCUUAUUCAGCAGUAAUUUUCCCAGUUAUUGUUGUUGUGUGUGUGUUUUUCCCUUUGUGGAAGCACUUUAAGAUUUGAUUAUGCUUAACUACAAAUAUUUAGUCUUAUUUUUUCAGUGGCAGAUUUUUAUUUUGUUUUAGGAUAUUAAAUAACUCAGUAAAUCUAACUUCUAGUCUCAGUAGCAACAUUUCCAGCAUUCCUUCGUCAUGUCAAAGAUGGCCCCCCAGACUUCUCCCCAUUUCUCUGAAGUGCCCACACAGGAACUCAAUUACCUGGUGUCUGACCCACAGGGGUGGGCUUAAGAAUUUGGAUGAGCUGUUCAAGAUUCACGAACAGGCAGCAGCCUUUGCAAGACCCUAUACUUGUACCUUCCUCCAGGGUGUACAUUUUGAGCCUGAACAUCAGUUUUCAUUUAGAUUUAGGGUUCAUACGCAGUAAAUAUAAAUAAGUGUAGUGUCAGAAGCUGGAAGAACGGCCACAUACAACCACUUUGUCAAACGUUAAGUUUAGCCCUGAUAGUAUGUGAAGACCUGAAUAUCUUGUCUAAUAAAUAUAGAAUAUAAUGAAAUGUUACCCGUGCUUUGACCUUCCUACAUCACUUAGAACUUAUGUGCUUUAUCCUCCAAAUGCCGUGUUCCUGAAUGGUGCAUAUGCUUUCUGCAGCAGUUCGGGCCUUAGCCAUGCACGGGCCCAGAUGUCCUGCACUUUGAAAUGCGGCCUUUGCCUGAUGUGGGUUGACUUCCUGAACUGUGGGGAGACGGUAUCCCCAGCCAAUUCUAUUUGUUCCUUUUUGUUUGAAUAUUUUGCUCUCUGACAGGAAAGAAUUGAAACUUCUCAUCAGGCCCCUCACUUCACCCUACACUCUUUUUGCCUCCGGUUUCGUGGUGUUUUUAAUGGAACGCACUUUAAUGGAAUGCCCAAACAUAUCCAGUAGGAUUGGCUCCCAUACAUUUAAAAGAGUGUUUUUUCAAUUAGAACACAAAAGCAGGUGAAUCAGCUAAGAUGAAUUUACUUUUCCAAAGAGCGUGAAACGUGGGGGCGGGCACGAGAGGUUGUCCUAGUCUUCGUGUACCGAUGCCAUGGAGGCUCAGCCCCCUUAUCCCGCCUUUCCUCUGGUUCACUUGUCUAAGGUUUGAGAAUCUGGGAGGGUACCUGGGGACAAGCUCCCUUCCUGGCAGCAGGGGGUCUUUCUAAAUUGGUACCAUUAGCAUCCAACCCCAUUGACUCUCCAUUUCCCCUCCAUGAGAGUUCUGCACAGUUAAGAAGGGAAGGAGGUAGGGAAACACUCCUGAGUGCUUUGCCGAUGGUGACGUGUGCCUUCCACAUCCACAUGGCAGCUGGAGCAGAGAUGUCAAGAGAGGAAACAAUGGGUGUGAGGUCCAGGAACGGACUUUGAAUCUUCACUCCUUUCCAAAUUCUUCCUAUUUUGAAUCACUUUUGUCUCAGAAGCAGACAUGUGGAAAGCCUUAAGGGCAAUCUGGAAGGCAUGCUGGGUCCGAUCUGUCUUACACAUCAGAUGCUUCUGUAGCCUCUUGGACAUAGUUUCAUUGCUGUCCACGUUUUAAAGCUGAUGGUGAUGCCAGAAACGUUCACGUUUAAUAAGCGUGUUCUGAAUUGUGAAAAGGGGGACUAAUAAAUGUGUCACGUCCAAAGUUUUUAUCUAAGUUUUAAAUGGCGUGCAUUAUUGUGAAUUUUUUUCUUUUUCUAAAAUCUUACAAGAGACAUUUGAGUUUCCAAUGGACCUAGCCAUGUUAGGUAUGACUUAGGACCCUGACAAGCCUUUAUGUCUCUACAGGAAAAGCAUGGGAAGAGUGCACAGAUGAAUAUUUACCAUUGGGAAACCCUGGCAUUGGUCCCCAAGUGGGUUUGCAUGCCCAGGCUGUCCUCCCUUUUCCUCCCAGAGCCCUGAGUGUGCGGGCGCAAGCAUCGAGGGGUUAGUUCUGGUCCAGAUUUAGUGAAAUGCAAACAUUGAACAGAGUAAUGAUGAAGCUAAAUAUAAAUCCCAAGGUGGCUUUCACUGUCCUUGGGGAUCAAAAAACUGAAGUACCGGAUGUUCUGUGGCAGAAUUUACCUGUCCAUUUCCUCCUCAAAAGCCUGUCAGGAAGCAUUCUUUGUUGAAAACCACUUCACGUUUUUGUCAAACUCCUGCUCGCUGCUCUGAAAAAUAAAUAUAUAUAUAUGUAUGUAUGUAUUCUUGGGGACAUUUUUCUCAAAAUUUGUGUGGUUUGCUUAUUGUUUAUGUGCAGAGUGAGCUCCGUGCUUUAGAAAAAAAUAAAUGCGAUUUUGUGUUUACAUUA